AUGUUCUUCACUAAACAGCCUUCAACAAGCUCUGCUGAAGUGCAACCAUCUACAUCUGGUCUUCAUCUGGAUAGGCGCCGCUGUGGUAUCAGCCAAUCAUCCUCACCAGAUGUUCCUCCCAGUGUCGUAGCUCAAUCCCUAACACCUACGGUACCAGAUACAGCCAUGUCUGAUACAGUAGAGUCAGAUACUGAAGAAAAUGAAUGGAAAAAGAGAUUAGAAAAUCUACAUUUGAACGAUAAUAUGAAAAUGCCGCCGAGAGGAACACCUGAUUAUGACAAAUUGUAUAAAGUUCGCCCGCUUCUCGAGAUACUUAACAAAUCCUGUCAAAGUGCUGCAAAAACUACAACUUCCCAACCUAUAGAUGAGUCGAUGAUACAAUUCAAAGGCAUUUCAUCACUAAAACAGUACAUGCCACUAAAACCUAUAAUAAGAGGGUAUAAAGUGUCUACUAGAGCAGAUAGCAAGACUGGCUACGUUUUUGAGUUCCAAAUUUACACAGCGAAACGUGCUGAUCAAUCAACUGGGUUAUACUGGCCGUGUGAUAGAAAUGUCAUUAAAGAAAAGGAUCUGUAUAUAUUUUUCAUUCAUCGAAUCAAGAAUUUCGUGAUCUAA